UGGAGUAAGAUUCGGAUAUAUAAGGCUGUUUGUCCAUCAGUUAUCAUUCAAACGGAGAUCUUUCUUCCGACAACAGUAAACAGGACAAGCAAAAGCAAAGAUGAAGGCAAUUUUGGCAUUGAUAUGCAUAAGCAUUGCACUAUUUCGUUCUGCGGAAGGUAUAACUUGUUGGACUUGUGAAAAUGCCGAAAGCAUUGAACAAUGCGAUCUUGAAGGAAAACUCAUAGAAUGCAACGACCCUUUGGAUGUGUGCGGAAUGGAAGUACGUCAUGGCGGUCAACGACCAACUGUGCAUAAGUUCUGCAAACAGAAGAAUGCCUGCAAUAAUAUUCAAAACCAGAAUGCCAAACAAGCUUGGGAUAUUUCACAAUGCAAUCCGAAAAUCCCCAGUUCCGUAUGCAGAUGUUGUUGUGAGCACAAUAAUUGCAACAGAGGUGGACUAAGAUGCCUUGACGCCGCUGCAGAGCCAGAAAUUUGCACCCCAACUCAUGUUUCACCUGCACAUGGAGGAGUUGACUGCAGUGACGGAUCUAAAGUCGGAAGUGUUUGCACUUUUCGUUGUGAUGACGGAUAUUACAUUGACGGAUAUCACUUCUCUGUUUGUGAAUUAAAAGGGGAAGUUAGAAUGUGGUCUGAACCUGCUCCAACUUGUCAACCAAUCACUUGUCCAAAGAUUCCCGAGUUCAAAUUCGGUUCAAUCGAAUGCUCCAAUAACGACCGCGUUGGAAGCGAAUGCAGAUUCUCUUGCAAUUCUGGAUACCGUCUCGUAGGAGCUGAAAUUUCAGUAUGCGAAGAAAAAAUCAAAGGAUAUGAACAUGGAGAAUGGAGUACAAGCGAACAAUUCUGUGAACGAAAGCGAUGUCAGGAAAAAUUGUCUUCUCCUGCAAAUGGUGAUAUGGUUUGUACCGACGGUGAUUUCACAGCAUCUUUAUGCCAUUUUUCGUGUCACGACGAUUUUGACAUGUUUGGAGCGUAUUACGUCAAAUGUGAAGAGGGAGACAUGUACGGAAAACCAUACUGGAACGACAUUGCGCCUAUCUGCAAACUGAAAGAGUGCGUACACAAACCAAUGGCUCCCAGAAACGGGCGUAUGGAAUGCACAGAUGGAAAGAUCAUCCACUCGGUUUGCAAAUUUUACUGCGAUUCAGAAUAUUACUUGACUGGUAGCAUGGACACUAUUUGUGUAUCUGGCGCUUAUUACGGAUACCAGGAAAACAAACUUGAAGACUACAACACUCCUCACUGGACUAACAAAGAACCAAUUUGCGAAAAAAAAUACUGCGAUGCUGAUCUGGCAGCUCCAACGCACGGAAGCAUGUACUGUACCGACGGAGAAUACAUUGGGUCAACUUGCUCGUUUGAAUGUGACAAAACUCACUUCUUAGUCGGUUCGAUGUCGUCUUCCUGCUUAGAAUACUACGACGCUUACAUGCCAAAAUGGAACAAUGAAGCUCCAGUUUGCAAACCAAAAAGAUGCGGCUCUCCACCAUCAGCACCAAAACACGGUUCAAUUAAAUGUUCUAACAAUGACUUCUUGGGAUCUGCUUGCCAAUUUAUUUGCGAUAAAGCAUUCUACAGUAAAGGAAGCGAAGUUGCUGUCUGCGUUGAAGACUACAAAUACGGAAAAUUGUCUUGGGACAACAAAACCCCAGAAUGCAUUAGAAAAGAAUGUGAUGUAUCUCCAAUUUCCCCGGCAAACGGAUAUGUUGAAUGCAGCGAUUCAAACUACUUGGGUUCAAUCUGCUAUUACACUUGCGACCUCGCUUACGGUCUUGUUGGAUCUGAACAAACUACUUGCUUGGAAGAUUAUAAAUACAUGACACUUGGAUGGAACAAUGAACAACCUCAAUGCAUCAAAAAAGAAUGUGCCUACUUGCCAUCAGUACCCUACCACGGAUACAUGUAUUGCAAUGAUGGUAUGUACUAUGGAUCUCUUUGCACUUUCAAAUGUGACGAUGAUUACAACUUAGUUGGUGCUACCACCACAAAAUGUGCAUACCCAUUGAAGAAAGCAUACGGAAAACAACCCGAGUGGGAUUACGAAUCUCCAGUUUGUGAACGUAAAAUGUGUUACGAAGCUGUUGUCCCCGAAAAUGGCGCAAUCGUAUGUUCUGAUAAAAACUUCAUCCACUCCGAAUGCGAAUAUGUAUGUGACUCUUACCAUCGCAGAGUUGGUGCUUUAUACACAACUUGUAAAGAAGAUUAUUCCGGAUACAUGAAAUGGUCUGCAGAAGCUCCAGUGUGCGAACGUAUUGAGUGCCGAAAACUCACAAACAUAAAGAAUGGAAUGAUUGAUUGCACCGAUGAUGAAUACGUGAACUCUGAAUGUAAAUUCAAGUGUACAGUUGAUGAUUACAGACUCUCACCAAACACUCGUCACUCCAUCACUUGCCAGAACGACACCAUGUGGUCUGCUGACCCACCAUGUUGUGCAAGAUCCUGUCCUCCUUUUGCCGUCAUGGAUCUCGUUGUUGUUCUUGAUUCUUCCUCAUCAAUUGGUGCACCGAGUUGGAAAAUUAUGCUCAAUUUCGUGAACAAUAUCUUCGAUCUCUUCGUGGUUCAGAAAGAUGCAAUGAACUUUGCUGUUGUGCGAUACAACAAAGAGAUUGAUACAGACACUCAAAUUAAUUUGGAUGAAUGCCCUGACAGUAUUGAAAUGCUUAAAGAACUUGUAUCAAAGAUUCCAUACAAUGGUUCAGGAACCUGGACAGGACAAGCCAUCGAUUACGCUAGAACCAACAUGCUCCUCCCGGAAGUCGGUAACAGAGAAGUCGCUCCAGAUGUUGUUCUAGUAAUUACUGACGGAAGAUCUCAAGAUGAUGUUAAGAUUCCUUCCGAAGCACUGAGAUCCCAAGGAGUUCUUACAUUCGCUCUAGGAAUCACACCAACUAAUGGUAAGUUGGACAUGGAACAACUCAAGGAUAUUGCUGGUGCUCCUGAGCGUCUGUUCCUUGCAAAAGAAGGUUUCGGUACUUUGACUCCAGAGUUCGCUAAAGAAAUUUCAGAAAAUAUUUGUGGCGAUCCUUGCGACAGACCAAUUUAUUAAUAAUAAAAUCAACGUGUCUUUUAUAUUAUUUUUAUAUACCAAAUGGUGUGAACAAAUUUAUAAUUUUAAACGAACUUUUGAGAAUUAGGAAACUAUUUUCGAAAUACUUUCACUGGGUUUUAUUAAUUAUGACAGAAAACUCGGUCUCGUACUAGUUGACAGUCAAAUCUUUAUGAAAUUAUAUUCAAUCGAUUGUUUGUAUUAUUUUUAUGGAACUAUUCAUUCAUAUUAUGGCAGCUUUUUCAUUUUUAUACAGCAGUGUAUUUUUUUAUAUGUGUAUAUGACGGUGUAUGUUUUGUAACCAGUUUUUCGAAUAAAAUUGAUACGAAAUAAUAAUAA